AUGAUUUUGCAUGUCUGGGGGGCAAAACUGUUAGUAAACAAAACAGUUCUCCUCCCUGUCAGCCCGUGCACACUGCUUUGAAUGGCUGUGUGCAGCGUGCUUAAUUUUUAUAGUUAAAACACACCCAGCACACAGUUAACCCUUUGAUCACCCCAGAUGUUAACCCCUUCAUGCCCAGUGCCAUUAGUACAGUGUCAGUGCUUUUUAUUAGCACUGAUCACUGUAUUGGUGUCCCUGGGGAUGUCAGUGACACCAAGUCAGUUCCCCCCAGUGUCAGAAUGCCCUCCGCAGUCCUGCAGUCCU